AUGGAUACACCAGUCUCUGCUUUUGCUAUAUACAAGUCUAAAAAGCAACAGAAUGAAAUAAAGAAAAAACAACGGAGAAAUAAAAAAAAUAAAUCUAAUAAACCGGUUUCACCAAAAGCUACUACUCAAGAUGUUAGUGAAGAUCUUAUGAAAGAAAUUGGACUGAAACUUAAACAAAAACAGAAGAAGUUAAAAGAAUCAAAAUAUAUUACAAAGAGAAAGUCACAUAAGAAAAAGAAAACGAAAAAUGGUAGCAAAAAAAUAAGUGUUUCGCCAAAAAUAUUAAAUGCCAGUAAUAAAUCCUCCGAAAGUGAUGAUAUUCCGGAACUAAUUUCAUCUACUUCUAAAACUAAAAAUAAAGAACAAUUUAAAUAUGAUGAUGAUAAGACCUCAUUACAUUCAAGCAAUGGCAGCUUUGAAUUUACUCCUGUCCAGACUGAUAGUACUGAAGAGGGCCUAAAGGUAUUUAAAUGGAUGAUAGCACCAUUUAGCCCUGAAGAUUUCCUAAAUCAAAUUUGGGAAAAGAAGCCGCUACAUAUUGCAAGAAAAAAGUCCCAUUAUUAUAAUGAUAUAAUUUCAACUCCAGCUAUAGAUACAAUGUUGAGAACAGAAAAUAUUCAAUUUACCAAAAAUAUUGAUAUCACUUCAUAUGUUGAUGGUAAAAGAGAAACUCAUAAUCCAGAAGGCAGAGCACACCCCCAUUUGGUAUGGGAUUUUUACUUAAAUGGUUGCAGUAUUAGAUUAUUAAAUCCACAAACAUACAUAUCUCGGCUACAUUUACUAAAUGCAACUCUGCAGGAAUUUUUUAACUGUUUUGUUGGGGCUAAUGCAUACCUUACCCCUCCAGAUAGUCAAGGAUUUGCACCACAUUAUGAUGAUAUUGAAGCAUUUAUAUUGCAAGCAGAAGGCAAGAAACAUUGGAGAAUUUAUAAACCUAGAGAUGUAAGUGAAGUCUUACCAAGAACUUCUUCAAAGAAUUUUUCAGAUGAUGAAAUUGGUGAGCCAAUUUUAGAAGUGACUUUAGAAGCUGGUGACAUGUUGUAUUUCCCUCGAGGAUAUAUACAUCAAGGAGUGACUAUAGAUGGAGAACAUUCCUUACAUGUUACCGUUAGUAUGUAUCAAAAGCAUGCAUGGGCAGAUUUAUUUGAAAAAAUGAUUCCUGCUGCAUUACAGAUUGCCAUAAAUGAAAAUAUUGAACUGAGGGAAGGUUUGCCAUUUGAUAUCUAUGAAAACUUUGGUCUAGUACACUCAGACUCAAAUACACCUCGAAAAACUGAAAUUGAAGAGGUUAUAAAGGGUCUUUUUGAUAAAAUUAAAGAUUAUUUACCAAUUGAUGAGGCUGUUGAUCAAAUGAGUAAGAAAUUCCAACAAGAUGCCUUACCUCCAGUUCUAAAUGACUUAGAGAAAGCAGUUACAGUUUAUGGAGAUACUGAUGUUAUGGUAGAAAAUGGAAGAGUAAGCAAUAGAGUAGAAAUAAGCUUAGACACAAAGAUAAGAUUGUUGCGUAAAAAUAUAUUACGGAUGGUUUCUGAGGAUCGCAUAAGAAUAUAUUAUUAUGCAGAGAACUCCUUAGAAUACCAUGGAAAUGAAUUACCAUUCUUAGAAAUUGAGGAAGACAUGGCUCCUGCUAUCGAAACAUUAAUUACUUCAUACCCAGAAUAUGUAUCAGUAGAAAACUUAGAUGUGCCAAGUGAAUCAGAGAAAUUACAAAUUGCAGAUGCUUUAUGGAGCCGAGGCCUAAUUAUGACUGAAUAUCCUUUAGAAAAUAUAGAUGAUGAU